CUUUUUCCGCUGGCCAAGCGCAAAAGCUCCGGAGCGUGUUGUCAUAAUUGUGUCUGCAAAAGCUCGCUUGAUUCCAUUCCACGAUUGAUUCGAUUUGCUUUGCUUUUGCUAUUCGCGAUGUGCCGUGGCUAAUGAGUCGCAUUGCCAAAUGCAAAUGCAAUUGACCCACUGAACGAACCCGCUGCCCCGCUGCCCAGCUGCACUGCAUCCACACCAGCAACUCCACGGUGAAAUCCAGGCAAGCCCCGCGAAUCGCCACCCCAAAAUCAGCAGCCACCAGCCAUCAGCCACCAUGUCAACGGAGAGCAACACGCCCGUGGAUCCGAGGGUCCAGGUGGAGCUGGAGAAGCUGAACUCCGCCACGGACAACAUCAACCGCUACGAAGUGGAGCUCGAUGAGGCCAAGUGCGAGUUCAAGCGUUUGCUGGCCGAGAGUGUGGUGCGGAUUAAGGCAGCUGCCCACAAGCUGGGCAACUCCAUUGAUGCCGCCAAGCCGUACUACGAGUCGCGCAUCUACGCCGCCCAGCUGGCCAAGGAAACGCAAUUGGCGGCGGCCAGCCACGAGAAGGCCAAGUCCAUCCAUGCCGCCGCCAAGGAGAUGGUCUAUCUGGCCGAGCAGGGGCUGGGCGAGAAGUCCACGCUGGACACCGCCUGCCAGGAGAUGCUCAGCCAUGCCGCCAGCAAGGUCAAUCAGUCCCAGCUGGAGGUCACCGACACCCGCAACGCCCUCAAGAUGUGCCAGCUGAAGCUCGAGGUGGCCAACAACCGGGUCGGCAAGCUCCAGGGUCAGCUGAAGCAAGCGCUCCGUGCAUCCAGAUUGCAGCUCAAGCGCAAUUUACUUUUGUUGAGAUAUUUUAGCAUUAUGCACGCUUUGUAUUGUACCCUCUGUUCGCCGUACUACGAGACCCGGGCGAACUACAAUGGACUACUGAAGGCGCAGAAAACGCGCGUCAACGAGCUGGAGGCGAAGGUCAGUGCGGCAAAGCUAACGUACAACGAGGCGCUCAAGAAUCUGGAGCAGAUCUCGGAGGACAUACACCGGCAGCGCCAGCAGCGCAAUAACCUGCUCAACUACGAGGCCAUGCUGCGUCAGGUGGACGCCGUGGACACGCUGACGGCGGGUCUGGAGCGGAGUUCCUGCGGCACAGCUGCCGAUCGCCCGGACCUCGAGGCGGAGGCGGCCGCUGCGGAGCAGGCGCAUGCGGAUGAGGAGUACCUGCGCAUGCCCGAGCGUCUGGGUCACCACGAGUGCCCACACCUGCUGACCGAUUUCGAGGCGGUGCUCACGUUUCCGCAGAAACUGGCCGGCGGCAUGCACAAGUCGGCGAGCACUGGGGCUGCGGCGGAUGGGGAAGCCGGAUUGGGACCGCUGGGCCUGCACGCUCCGUACGAGGUGAAGUCGGGCAGCGGAUCUCUGGCCUCGGGAUCCGCUUCCGUCUCAACUUCGGCUGGCGGCGCACCGGCGGACAACGACAUUGAGCAGUGGACGGAGAUCCGGCUGUCGCAUUCGGAUAGCACCAGUUCCAGCUACUCGAAUCAGUCGCUGCUCGAGCAGCAGGGCUUGGACUCCACGGGCGGCAUGUCCGGCGGCCUGGGCCUCGGCCUGGCCAGGAAUCAUCUCGAUGCGGAUGCCCAGUCCCAGCACUCGACCUCGUCAUCCGAUGAACCGAAGCGCAAGGUCACCUGCACGACAAUAUUCCAGGACGAUAGCAGUGCAUCCAGCGGCGGUGGCCAGCAGAUGAGCCGCAAGCAGAGCCUCAGCCAGUGGCUGUCCCGCUCGAAUAGCUUCAAGGGCAGUGGACGCAGGCAGAGCCUGGAUCUGCUCAUCGAUGCCGGUGACAAGGUGAAGGAUGUCUUUAGCUACGGCUUUCAGAAGGUGGGCCGCAGCCUGGAGCGGCGCAACAGCGAAUCGGAGAUGUCCGGCGAUUGUGCAGCCGAGGGAGAGGCACUGCUCGGCGGCGGCACAACGGACUCACUGGCGCUGCAUGGCGGUGCAACCGGCAGUGCUGGCAGUGCAGCAGGAGGUGGAGGUGGAUCCGGUUCUGGAUCUGGAUCUGGCGGCGGUGCCGGUGAUUUUUUCCUCUUCAGCAGAUCUUCAGAGCCAAAAGAGUUACUGUCCGAUGAGCAGGUUGAGAAUUUACUAUUAAACCACUUGGUGGAUGAGAAUGGUGCCAUUAUAGUGGAGGAACUCAAAUCGCCAACAACAACAACCACAAGCAUGUACCACACACACCACCACCAACAACAACAACAGCAACAUAAUCAACAACAACAACAGAAUCAGCAGCAGAAGCAACAACAAAAGCAACACCAUCAGGCACUAAACGUGGUUGGAGCCUUGCUGUUUUGAAGCGACAGCGAGAUACCCUACACUUAGAGAAAAGCCACACCAAAACGCCCUCACCAUCACUUACACUCAUACAUAAAUGCGGUGAUGGGAAUGGUCACUUAUCAAUGGAUGAUUGCAGUAUAAUAGUGCAUAGAUGAUCAAAAGUGCCAUAAGAAGUAUUUAAGUAUUUAAGUAUUUAAAAUUUGGAAAAUUUCCCUAUUUUUGAGGAUGGUUGUAACUUAUUUAUUCUUCAAUUUAGAAAACCUUUAAAAACAAUUCCCAUCACUGCAGACACUCACAAAUAUGAAUUAUGGCAAAAUUUUACUCUAUGAGUAGUAUUGGGGCAUCUAUACGAUCGAUCCAAAAUCCAAUUAGUCAAAAGCGUAGCGUACAUAUCAUUCAAUACAAAGACAUAGACAUCAAUCCAGAUGGAUCAGAUCGGAUUGGAUCGGAUGAGUCAGCAGGAAUCUUUUAAAUCCACACCAACGCACUCAGGCACGUGUGGCAAACUAUGUUCUAAUCCUAAAUAAAUGAUGUGCAAUAAUUUAGUUUAUCUAGUGGCAUAUAAAUAAGAAAGUUACAUUUUAUGCUGUUUACAAAAAGCAAAUAACUAAAUGCUAGUCAACAAAACGAAAUCAGUUUAUUAGUUUUAGUGUGUACGAGCUAAACAUUCGGCAACAUGAUUUACAAGAAGCCCACAAAAAAAAAAAUACAUAAGAAUGUACAAAUAAUGGUAAAUGUGGCGUGUGCACUGAAAGAAAAUGAAGAGUGCGAUGACAAUGCGCGCAAUAGACCCCCUACAGCAAUAUUACUUUAUCGAGACAUUUGAAAUACAAACGGCUAGCAAAUUGUCCGCGAAUUCUUCGGUCUUCUUCUGCAUGCGCCACUGAAUGUUAAAUAAUUGCAUAUACUAA